CAUCUUCCUCGUGUCGUUCCCCAACCCUCCUCCUCUUCUCCACUUCUAGAUUUUUCCUUCUCCACAAGAACUUUUGGAAAAAAGAAAAUAUACAAAUUGGAUUUUGGGACGAGGAGUCGCGCGAAUCGGGGCCGGAGACGUGAUCCAAAUUUCGGUUCGCGGUGAGAUUCUCGUAGUUUUUUGUAGGUUUUGGUUCAAAGGUGCGAUCAUUUCGCGUGGAUUGUUCGAGAUCCUGAUGAAUUUGUAGGAGUAGAGCUCGAGAUCGAUCCUUUUCUAGGGUUUUCUCCUUCGAUUUGUGAGAAGGAAAGAACCCCAAUUUGAGAUGGCUCCACAGAUUUUACUGUAAAAUUUGCCCGAUUUCGGCCACUCUCGGUGCCCUUCUUCAUCAGCGAGGGUAUCUUUUCUCGACACAAAUUAGGACAACAAAAUGUCCUCAGCCGGCGCCGCGCUCAGCCCGAUCAGGGAAGAUUCGAUCCUCUCGCCCAUCCGAUUCGACGGGAGCAGAUCGCCGCACUGCUCCCAGGAACCGAUCUUGAUCUUCCUCGCUGUUCCUGGCUCAUUGCCGAUCCCAAUCCGCAUCCUUGAAUCCGAUUCUAUCAAAUCGGUGAAGCUUCGGAUCCAGCAAUUCAAAGGGUUUGUGGUGAAGAAUCAAAAGUUGGUUUUUGAUGGACGCGAAUUGGCUCGGAACAACUCCCUCGUCCGCGAUUAUGGCGUGACCGAUGGGAAAAUGCUCUAUCUCGUGAUCCGGCUUUCCAAUCUCCGUGUGAUCACUGUUAAAACCGUUUGCGGGAAGAAAUUUGAAUUCCAAGUAGAGCAUAGCCGGAACAUUGGGUAUAUCAAGCAGCAGAUUGCCAAGAAGGGCAAGGAUUUUGGCGAUCUUGAGGACCAAAAACUUGUAUUUGAUGGUGAAGAGCUCGAAGACCAUAGGCUUAUUACCGAUAUAUGCAAAAGUAAUGAUGCUGUGAUCCAUCUGCUGAUCAGAAAGUCAGCGAAGGUCAGGGCUGAGCCUGUUGGGAAGGACUUUGAGUUGUCCGUGGUUGCCCCUGAUGUGAAAGAAAAGUUGCAAUUAGAUGCCCUCCAAGUGUUCGACAGAAGUCCUCUUCCACGCAGGAAUUCUUGGGUUGAGCCGGUGGUUAUCAAUCCGAAAGUUGAACUGUCUCCAUUAGUUAUGAAUAUGAUAAGGGAGACAUUUGAUGGGUUGGAGAAGGGGAAUCCGCCCAUUAUGUCUGCAGAGGGUUCGGGCGGGGCCUACUUCAUGCAGGAUUUUUCCGGUCACAAGUAUGUGGCUGUUUUUAAGCCGAUUGAUGAAGAACCGAUGGCCGAGAACAACCCUCGUGGGCUUCCCUUGUCAACCGAUGGUGAAGGGUUGAAGAGGGGAACAAGGGUCGGAGAAGGUGCACUGAGGGAGGUCGCGGCAUACAUUCUGGACCACCCAAUCGGUGGUCGUCGGUUGUGUGAUGAAAUCGGGCUUGCGGGGGUUCCGCCAACGGUAUUGGUUCGGUGCUUACAUGGUGGUUACGAUCAUAAAAAAGAUUUUAAGAUCGGUUCUUUACAGAUGUUUGUGAAGAACAAUGGGAGCUGUGAGGAUAUGGGUCCUAGAGCUUUCCCUGUGGAGGAGGUGCAUAAGAUAUCUGUGUUGGAUAUAAGGUUGGCAAAUGCCGAUCGCCAUGCUGGAAACAUAUUGAUCUGCAAGGGGGAAGAAGGGCGGUUUGUGCUCGUGCCGAUUGACCAUGGAUAUUGCUUGCCUGAAAAUUUUGCAGAUUGCACCUUUGAGUGGCUCUACUGGCCCCAAGCUCGCCAACCAUUUAGCACCGAAAUUCUAGACUACAUAAGAACCCUGGAUGCUGAAGAAGAUAUUGCCCUCCUCAAGUUCCACGGAUGGGAGCUCUCGCUCCAGUGCUCUCGCGUGUUCCGCAUCAGCACCAUGCUUUUGAAGAAGGGUGCAGAAAAAGGGCUCACUCCCUAUGAUAUAGGAAGCAUAAUGUGUAGGGAAACUCUCAAGAAGGAAUCCAAGAUCGAAGAGAUCGUCCGUGAGGCGGAGGAUGCUGUUCUCCCAGGCACCAGUGAGCUGGCGUUCCUUGAAACUGUCUCCGAGAUCAUGGACCAGUACCUUGACGAGCUUGUUCAGUAGAAAUAACUCAUCGAGUUAUAUAUUUUCAGUUCCAAGUGUAUGUAGGUCGAACUAUGUUAAUCUGGUUUAUCGGUUAAUGGAACUGAAGAUGAUUGUAAGUAACUUCGUUAAUGCCUUGGAGUUGUUUUGUUGAUUCUUGUCUCAAUUUCCUGACUUUUUAAAGAGGACACGAGAAGUUCUACGGGCCUUAAAUCGCAGUUGACGCUACAAUCCUAUAUGUUGGAUUUUAGAGCUUCUGUGAUUUGCUUUGGGGCAGCGGAGGGACGGCUUAGGAUCCUUCUUUAUGUACCUAUGUUGUUUAUAUUUCUUAUGACCUUACGGCUAAAUGUCAGCUUGGUUUUUCUCUUUUGAGCUUAUUUCAGCAACUCUGAUGUUAUGACAUUAACUAUCUAUACAUGUAUGUCGUAUUAAAAUA